CCUGUGCGAACAGCUGAUCACAGGAAAACAAACCAGUCGAGCAGCAGACACCAUGACGGAGCCAGUGGCUGCCUCCUCCAGCGCGACAGCUGUAGCAGAAAAACGGCUUGAAGAGACUAAGGAGGACGAUGUAGCCUCCAAAAAGCCUCGCCUGGAGGCAUGUGGUCGUGAUGACAAUGAAAAUAAACUGGAGGCUCGCCUGGGGGGCAUUUUAUGUUGCGCUGUCUGUCUCGACCUGCCCCGGUCAGCAGUGUACCAGUGUUCAAAUGGACAUCUCAUGUGUGCUGGCUGCUUCACUCAUCUCCUUGCCGAUGCUCGAAUUCGGGAUGAAACUGCCACUUGCCCCAACUGUCGUGUGGAAAUAUCGCGUUCCCUCGCCACCAGGAACUUGGCGGUAGAGAAGGCCGUCUCGGAGCUGCCUGCCGAGUGCCAGUUUUGUGGCCAGAAGUACCCUCGCAACUCCCUCGACCGGCACGAGGUGGACCUUUGUGAGGAAAGACCUGUGCAUUGUCAGUACAGUUUACUUGGGUGUGGGUGGCGUGGACCACAUCAUGAAGUCAACAGCCACGAGCAGCAGUGUCAGCACCCAAAUCACAGUGGAGCUCAGGUGUUUUCACAUCUGCAGAGGCAAGCAGAAAAUGUUGAAGAGGCUUCAAAGAUAUUCACUCAGAUAAUGUCUGUACUCUCAUUUGAGAAGAUUACUUUCAAUGACCUGCAGCUGAAGCCAUACCGCACGGACGAGUUUAUCCACAAGCUGUUCUAUGAGACAAGUCGAUUCUCAGCCCUGAGUUACCAGUGGGUGAUCAAAGCACGACUCAAUGACAACCAGAAGGAUCCUCAUCUCACCUGUAAUCGCUUCAUUACGUACCAGCUCAUUGUAAAGAGCAAGCCAAGUAGCCCCAUGGUGGUGCACUUCAUGAUCCUGAGAGGUCCUUUUGGUGACAUGCGAGUCAACCCUCACAUCUGCCAGUUUGAGUUCACAGAAAGCAACACAGAGAGUCCCUUCUUUGCACUGCCACUGCCAGACAGUGCAGAGUGCAACAAGCUCUUAGCUGCUCGCAUCAUUGACUUCAGAUUGAUGAUGGGGAUGGUCACCAAGUAAUGGAAUGCACCAUUGGACUCCCACUUGUAAAUUCAUGUUCUUGGGUGCCACUGUGGAGAUGGCAUUAGCACUCUGGCAGCAGGUAUGAUUAAGACAUGCUCGUGUUAGUUUCUGAUGCAUUUAGUGGUACUGGGAUUACAUGGAGCCCUUGUCAGUUAUUCAGAUUAGUAAAAAAAAAAAAAAAAAAUGCUCUCCAAUUUUUCCCAGACAAGAUGUAAUAUGUACAUAGUAGUGCAAGUAUGUAGUCUAAUAAUGUAUGGAACUGACAUGAAGGGCUUUCAUCAGUGUACCUCAUCACAGUUAUUCAUGAAAACCUAUGAUAAAAAGUAAAGUCUAAAUAAUUAUUAUUGUUGAUAGAUUGCUGUUGCCUUCUAUCCUGCAAAAUUUGUUGAUUUAGUUCAUAUUUAGUUUUAUUUUAAUGAUAGUAGGAAAUAUAAAACAAAGUGAAAAUGUUCACAUAAAACUGAACAGACUUGAGGCAGCUAGGUGUUGAGGUAACAGUAAAUGUUGAAAUGAGAAGACUGCAGCUUGGCUAUUAGUGACAUUACCACAGCAGUCUCAGCAUAGAAAUAAUACAGUGCCACAAUGACUUAUGUCUAAAGCAGUAGGCAAGCUCACAUUAAUGUACACUCUGUAAGGAUCUUUGCAAGCUUCAGAAGCUUUCAUAUUAAGCUUGAUGUAAAAUUAGAAGCUCAUUGACCAGUUGUAUUCACCAAACCAUUUAUUUGGCAUUUAGUGAAACUCAUGUGUAGUAUUUUUUCAUCAUAGUUUUAUGUGACUAAAUUCAUUGAGGAUAUACAUCUUUCAAGUUCACCCCUAUUACACUUCAGAUCUUUCAAUCUAAGCAUAAGUAUGGUGGCCAGGCACAGGUAGCUGCACAGGAUCUCUAUUAUGUUUCUUAGUAAAAUUAAUUGAUCAUCACCCAUCAUGCUUACUCAGAGUGUCCUCUCUUGCAUAUUCUUCACUAAACAAGACAUUGGUAUCAAAGGUUUGGUCAAGCUUUUCUUUGGGUAGGCCCCGCUGUGAACUAAACCAGUUUCAUUGAUCUGAUAUACAUUAUACAGGGUACAUAAUAUUAGUUAUGCUAUUAUGAAUAAAAAUCUUACUCAGUACAAAAGAUAAUGUUAAAGAUUUAUGAAUGACUUUGCUGAGUAUAUUAUAUUAACAUUAACACAUCUACCUAAUUGCAAAUGUUUGAAUAUCAGAAAUGUGGACAGUUAAAGCUUGGAACUUGUGUCCCAGUAAUAAGAAACUAGUUUGAGUAAAGCAAGAAGUAGAAAUAACUAAUUACCUAUACAGCAAUCAUAUAUUUAUAUUGUUAAUGGACCUCCUGAAUCAUUUCAUCAUGAUUCACUAGACUAUGUAAAAAAAAGUAUCUCAUGUUCUCAGUGAUGACAUUGUGGCUGGUUUUACCAGUAGUCUGACAAAUAUUUAAAUUUUGUAAAAUGAAAUUAGUCAGGGAGUCGACAUUUAUGUCAACGGUUGUCUCAGUAUGAUAGGAAGCAUUUAAUUGGAAAUUUGCAUGCUCAUGAUAAGAACUACCAAAUAUUAUUGGCAGUAUCAGUUAACAGUAGUAAUUAAAUAACUGUUGAGAUUAAGUAAUACAUAUGAUAAACUAGAGAUAUUUGCAAAAUAUUCAUCAUAAUUUAUUUAUAAUUGUAACAAAGAUACAGUUGCCAAUGAAGAUUUUCCGCAUACCAUUUGACCUACCUAAACUAAGAUUAUUGGUCAAAUUCUAGAGUCAGUUUCAAAAACAUUUUCCCCACAUGCUGGACCAUUGUGUUGUUUUCAAAACUACCAGAGACAUGCAAAAUUUAUAUACCAAAUAUUUGUUAUUUAUAAUGAAAAUGAAUAUUUAUGAUGUAUAUAAUGAUAAUAUUUAUGUGUCUUAAAAAUAUAGGAUUAAUAAUUAUCUUUAAAGUGCAUAUAUGCCAGAGAUAAGAAUAUACAGAAUUGCAUUCGUGUGCUGCCCUUUGGGGACAGAGUUUAGGGGUUUACCAAGAUGUUGGAUCUUAAUUUUAAAUUAUUGAAUGGUAUUCUUCACUUGCUUUCCAUGCAACUAUAGCUAUUUUGAUUAAUGCAAGAGCAGCCCCGAGAGAGCCAGUGGGACGGUGCCUUGUGUGAGUGCUUUGUUUUGUAAUGUCCCAUUUUCACAUCUCAGAAGCAGUAAUUUAUAUAAAAAAAAUAGUUGCUCUGUGCUGUGUAGGCAGCAGUCCUCAUUGUUGACCUGUUGAACAUACAGUUAUUGAAAUAAGGGAAAGCAGUCAAUGUGUCAAAUUUAUUCAGUGAUUGGAUUAUAUACUGCAUACUUUUUUCUACAACCAUGAAUUACCACAUUGUAUUCUAUGAGACCCUAUCAUAUUUGUGACUCUGAUUAAUAGAAACUGUUUAAGGAAGGUAAAUGCAACUAAAUUUACUAUUGAGGAGAGGUUUUAGUCUCCAGCAAGCAAGGGCAGUACAAAAUAAAGAGGAAUAAAUUUCAUAGUGAGGCUGAUCAACUUGCCAUUUUGGUGCACUGUGAGGCACCUCGGGGCUACCCACGCCAGUCCAGGAAAGUAGUUUGGUGCAUAUAUAAUGGUUUUGCAGUCACUUGUGUUCAUAUUCUCUAUAUAUUGUAGGUUUUAUUUACUCAUUUAUUGAAGUGUAGGUUUAAUAAUUAUGCUUUCUAGCAUACUCAGGCUUUAAUGACAUGGAGAUUGUUAGUUAUGUAAAUAAUUUUGUUCUUCAUUUGUCUUUUACAUUUGUAUUGUACAAAUCAUAUAUAGCUUUCUUCAUGAGAGACAGUUGGCAGUGUUGGAAAAUUUAAAUUGUUACAAACUUAUUGUAUUUUGGCCAUCAUUCAUGAGCUGAAUAAAGCAUUAACCAUU